AUGGCAUGUUUUAAGUUUCUGUUGCUAGCAGAAUUAUGUUGCGUGGUCAUCAUAUUCAUCCUUUCCGUGCAGCUCUACACAGUGAUUCUGUUUGGACCCCACCGUGUCCUGACUUUUUCGAGCACGAAAGUACUUAAUCGGUGUUCUCUGAAGUAGUUUACUUCCUUCUAGUCAUCUUCCUUCAACAGUUUUCACCACUCUACUUCGGAGGUGUAUCAUCACGACAUGGCGCUCUCCGGCGGCGGGAGCGGCUAUAUGGACGCCGCGUUCCAACAAUCCCGCCGCGGCGGCGAGACCAUUACCCUCCAGCUCGGUCCGGCGGCAAAUCACGCGGGUGUUCAUUUCUGGAAUCUGGAAGCUGCCACGUACCAUGUGGAGGCGAUGCGGAAGGUUGAGAACUCCAGCAAUGGGACGACAACCCAGAGUGGACCAAAUCUUUAUCACGACCUCGACGAAAAGACAGAUCUGUACUACCCCCGCGUCAUCGCCGUAGACGACAAGGGCGCCUCGGGGGGUCUGAAUUGCGAAGACGGCACGUCCAAUUUCGUGUUGAAAGAGGAUAGUAGGACGACUAGUGGUCUUCAUGUUGCAUCACAGAUGGAAGUCGAGCAGGGCGAGUCUUUCUUGGCUCCUAAUCACGACGACGAGGAGCCUUAUUUCGAGCGUUUGCAGAAGUCCUUCCACUGCAAGAGGGUGGAGCAGGACGCGAUCUACCGACACCCGUAUAGUCGGCUGGGGCUCGCUCCUAUCGGCGAAGAGGAAGAUGCGUGGUCCUCGGGAUCUGAGAUAUCCGACGGAGAGGAGCAUCACAACAUCGGAAAAAAUUAUCGCAGUGCGAACUAUCAGGGAAAUCCCAGCCCGCGGAAAGUUCGGAGGAUGACUCCGCAUAAAAAUUCCAGUAUUUCCUCUGGACGGACGCAGCCUGAGCAUUCUGAGCUUCGCUACUGGUCGGACUACCUGCUGCUCGACUACCUACCGAAAUACACCUUCUACGAGCGACAAAACCAGGUAGGCUGUACCAGCGGGGCUGCUGGCGCCGCUUCUUCAAGUACUAGUUCGAGCUCCACCUUCGAGAGGGCGGAACUGGAUGCAAUCGAGGAUCGAUACGUGCGGAAAGCGUUGGAGUCCUGCGACCGACUGGACACCGCGCACUUGUUCGCCGACACGGCGCGCCUCGACUACUCGGACUUGGCAGUGUACAUCCUGCAGUACCUGCGCGAGGAGCAGCCGAAGCUGUGCACAGUGGGGGUCGAGCUGUUCGAUCGAGGAGGCUCUACUUCUCCUUCGCAGCAGAGCAGUUCUGGGACGACAGCCAGCGGUACUAGUAUGCACGAAGAGGCUGUUUUCCGCUACCAGGACCUGUCACGGGCGCGGUUUCUCAAGAGCGUCAUGUCCAGCAGCGACGAACGGUUGCUGGACUGCUUCUUUCCCUGCGAGCUGGACAAGAGGAGCGCGUGUAGGUCCACAAUCCAGCAACGAACCCCCCAUCUCUUCCACGCGACGGCGGACAUCGCACUGGCCGCACACUCAAUGCUGACUUCCUUUUCCCCGUUUUUCCCAAGCAGCAGCACCUUUUGGCGGUCCUUCGAGUUCGUGACGAAGGAGCUGUUCGCGGGAAGUGUGAAACCGCCGGCUGGAGUAGACAAUGUACUAGCGACCGAACAAUAUUCGAUUUCGGACAAGAACUUCCGCCCCUCGGACUCGAUGGGAUUGUGGGACGUAAAUAGAUCGCUUGCGUAUGCGAGAAGCGUCGGUAGCUACAGCACGUACGGAGACUACCAGCGGCAAAGACAAGAAAGCGGCACUGGUGUUGUUCGAAGUACAACGCAAAGUGGAAACAGAGCCAGUUCUACUUGCCCCCUUUUGCUGCCCGCAGACCGAGAUGAGCGUAUCCGACUUUUCAACCUCGUGCGACCGCAGUCGGCAGCUGUGUGGCAAGGAGUUUCGUCGUCGUUCUUGCCGUCGAACAAGCAUUUUCACAACUACACGGGAAAUUCUUCCGCCUUCGAGCAGCACAAAUUCCCGUUCCUCCGCGAGGCUUUGCCUGCAGUGGUGUUGCCGAAAUUUUACCCAAUUCCGGACGAGACCGCGAGGACAAAACGGAUUUUGAUCGAAACCGAGGAUAUCCAAGGGCGAAGUAAAUGCGUCGUCAGCAGUGGGCCGAUGAAGCCUAAUGUAGUGAGAACGCAGUACAAGCAGCUCGACAACCGGGUCACUCUGUUCCGGAGACCAGAGUCAUGCUCAUCAUCUUCACAAGGCAACAGUUACAGCUCAAGAAGAAGCAUAUUCGGCAGCGUGGAGGAAAGUUUGGGAAAGAUUAUGCACCGUUUCGGCGGGGCUGCGAAUGCUUCGGAGCAGAUCCUGGAGCAGGACGAGCUGCGGGAGCUGCAGGCACAUUUUUCGGCGGGUAACGAAGAGGGAUAUUUGUUUUGAUUCAAGAAGGAGUCAACCAGUGAGUGCGAACGAAAAGGACGAGCGAGGAUGAAACAUACGAUAUGCAAGAAAACCAGUCCCAUUGCUUUUCGUUGGAAAGUGCAAAGGCAAAAGUUCCCAAUAUAGCGACAUUUCAACGCACCUACCGAUGUAAGUAAUUCGAGUGCACGCUCUACUUAGAGCAGCGACAUGAAAGAUGACAAGGUUGAAACUACGUCGGACAAAAUAGAUUUUAUGAACAUAGUACUGACCGUGAUCAUAGAGUUGAAAAACAAGAACGAGCACUGUCCUCUAUCGAGGUGCUUAUCAACAAGAAUCCGCAUGCUUUGUUUGUUGAACAGCAUAGCUCAAACAAGGAUGAACAUUCUCAC